AUGGCUGAGGCCCCCAAGCCCGAGCCCGUCUCGAUUUCGCCCCUCCUCCAACGCCUCGCAUACCCCGAUGUCGCCCAAAUUCAAGUAUCCGCGGAGGAAAUCGCCGCCGCUUUUGCGCUGAUAUUCGAAGAUAGAUUAUCUCUUAUACAGACGGCUGCUCUGUUGACGCUUCUACAUUCAACGGGUAAAGAUCGUGACGCAAAAGUCAUCGCGCUAUGCUCGCAUCGCAUGAGAGAAGCUGCCAGCACGGUGGAUAGGCCUGCGUUGAAAGCUGUGGUUAAAGCGAGAGGGAAACCGGAGGGACAAUACAAAGGAGGAUUAUGUGACAUUGUCGGCACCGGGGGCGACUCCCACUCAACCUUCAACGUCUCUACAACCUCGUCAAUCAUCGCCUCCGCCCUGCUUCUAGUAGGCAAACACGGAAACCGCUCACAAACAUCCUUUUCCGGCUCAGCAGAUGUCCUUAAUUGUAUUCUCCCUGUGCCGCCCAAGAUCUCCGCGAUCAAAGCAAACGAUAUCGCCAAAGUGCUCGAAGAGACCAAUUACACUUUUCUGUUUGCGCCCAAUUUCCACCAGGGCAUGAAAUAUGCGGAUCCCGUUCGUCGUGGGCUGGGUAUUCGUACGAUUUUCAAUUUAAUGGGCCCUCUGGCGAAUCCCGUGGACUGGGCACUGGAAGCUCGAGUCGUCGGAGUUGCGUACCAAAGUUUAGGACCUAUUUUUAUCGAAGCUUUGCGGCUGGGAGGAUCAAAGAAAGCGCUCGUUAUCUGCGGUGAAGAAGACAUGGAUGAAGUCAGCUGCGCCGGUCCGACAAACUGCUGGAGGCUUUCCGAAUAUCCCAACCCAGCAUACAAACCCGAGAACGAUGACGACGAAGAGGAUGACGACGAAGAUGAAGAGGACUCUAAUCCGCGCACACUCGCCAAACUCGACAUCUUCCAACUCCACCCCCGAGAUUUCGGCUUCCCUACCCACCCCAUAACGGACGUCUACACGAAGAAAAUGCCCAAACAAAACGCGGAGAAGCUUAUGAGUAUCCUGCGUAACGAGCUUGAUCCCGAGGAUCCGUUGAUGCAUUUUGUUCUGAUAAAUACGGCUACGCUGUUGGUGACGUCGGGCGUAUGUGAAGCUGAGACUAGUAAUAUGGGUCCUGGAGAUGAUGGAAAAGUCAUCACGGAGCGUGGACCGGGUGGCGGACGUUGGAAAGAGGGUGUUCGACGAGCUCGAUACGCCAUCACAAGCGGCCAGGCUCUGGAAAGUUUAGAGAAGUUCAUAGAGGCCACGAAUCGCUUGUGA